CCUCAUCCCAUCUCAUGCAUGGCUGCCAGUAAUGGUCUACUGGGUGUCAGCUUUUAUUGGCACGGCACAAAGCAAGUGCCAGACGCCCCGCCACACACCGGGCCCGUGCAUAAAAGCAAGCAAAAUGCCUCCGUCGAGGACACUGUAGUCAUGUUGGGCUGGAACGAGGAAGUGCAGUGGAGAGGGGAGGGACUCAGGGCGCAGCUCCAUGGGGCCGUCGCGCUGCGACCUUCUGCACAUGGAGCUGGGGACAGUUGGAAGAACUUCAUACUGCAAACUCAAGGAAUAGCAGAGUACUUGCACCGCAUGGAGACAGAGGAGGCCCAGGAAAUGGCCCCUAUGCCAGGCCGAGACAGCCCGCCCAACAACGAUGCGGCCGAGGAGGCAGAGGAGCCUAUGGCUGUCCCAGAGGACCUGUCAGCAGGCUCCGCCCAUCCGCAGCACAACAGAGGGGACAAAGCCUGUAACAUUAAAGUUGAGGCUCGCAGUGAUGAGGAGAAUGGGCUGUCCUGUGACAUGAAUGGCGUGGAGGAGGAGGAGUGCGCGGAAGACUUGCGCGUGAUCGAUGCCUCGGGGGCCAAGGUGAACGGUUCACAGCUGAGCCCCGAAGCCAAGGUCUUCUCCUCGGCUGGCGGCAUCCGGCUAUCCAACGGGAAGCUCAAGUGCGAUAUCUGUGGGAUAGUUUGUAUUGGCCCCAAUGUGUUGAUGGUGCACAAGCGAAGCCAUACUGGAGAACGUCCCUUCCAGUGUAGCCAGUGCGGGGCUUCCUUCACCCAGAAAGGCAACCUGCUGCGUCACAUCAAGCUCCACUCCGGAGAGAAGCCUUUCAAGUGUCAUCUUUGCAGCUACGCCUGUCGCAGGAGGGACGCUCUGACCGGACAUUUGCGCACCCACUCGGUUGGAAAACCACACAAGUGUGCCUACUGUGGCCGGAGUUACAAGCAGCGUAGUUCUCUGGAGGAGCACAAGGAGCGCUGUCACAACUACCUCCAGUGCAUGGGGCUGCAAAACAGUAUCUACACAGUAGUAAAGGAAGAAAGCAGCCAGAAUGAACAGAGGGAAGACUUAAACCAGACGGCAUCUGACAGAGCCUCGGUGCUAGACAGGCUAGCUAAUAAUGUAGCUAAGCGUAAAAGCACUAUGCCACAGAAGUUUGUAGGUCAAAAGCGCCUGUCUGACCUUCCGUACGAGGGAGCGCCAGGCGAACUGAUUCAGCCCCACGUCAUCGACCAGGCCAUUAACAGUGCCAUUAGCUACCUGGGAGCAGAGUCACUCCGGCCCCUGGUGCAGCCCUCCCCAGCCCCGUCUUCCAACGUGGGCAUGGGCUCCAUCUAUCCUCUACACAAGCCAGUCCCCGAGGCCCAAACACAAACGGGCCACAACCUGUCAGCUAAAGACAGUGCAGCCGAGAACCUGCUUCUGCUCUCCAAGUCCAAGUCUACGUCCAGCGAGAAGGACGCAUCUCCGAGCCACAGCGGCCAGGACUCCACAGACACGGAGAGCAACAGCGGGGACCGAGCCGGCGGGGCAGCCCCCGGCCUCAUCUACCUAACCAAUCACAUCAACUCGGGGGUACGAAACGGCACGAUGCCCCUCGUGAAGGAGGAGCAGCAGCGACAAUACGAGGCCAUCAGAGCAAGCAUGGAGAUGGCUUCGGAGGGCUUCAAAGUGAUCACUGGAGACGGCGAGCAGGUGAGGGCGUACAAGUGCGAACAUUGUCGCGUCAUCUUUUUGGAUCACGUCAUGUACACCAUACACAUGGGCUGCCACGGCUUCAGAGACCCGUUUGAAUGCAAUCUCUGUGGCCAUCGCAGUCAAGACCGAUAUGAGUUCUCUUCUCACAUAACACGGGGAGAGCAUCGCUACUGA